AAAGGAGCAAAGGGAAAUGAAGGAGAUGAAGGAAAUGAAGGAGAUGGAAAAGAAGCGAAGGGAGGAGAUUAGGAGAUAGAAAAGAAGAUGGAGGAGAUGGAAAAGGAGCAUAGGGAGAUGAAGGAGAAGAAGGAAAAGGAGAUGAAGGAGAUAGAAAAGGAGAUGAAAGAGAAGGAGAUACAGCAGAAGAAGGUGGAAAAGGAGAGGGAGGAGAUGAAAGAGAUGGAAAAGGAGCAAAGGGAGAUGAAGGAGAAGAAUGAAAAGGAGAUAAAGGAGAGGGAGGAGAUGAAGGAGAUAGAAAAGAAGAUGGAGGAGAUGGAAUAGGAGCAUAGUGUGAUGAAGGAGAUGAAGGGGAUGGAGGUGGAGAAAAAGGAGAUGUUGAAGGAGAUGAAGGAGAAGGAAAUUGAAGAGGUGGGGAUGGAGAUGGAGGAAAAGGAGAUGUUGAAGGAGAUGAAGGAGAAGGUAAUUGAGGAGGUGGGGAAGGAGAUGGAGGAA